AACGAUUGUCUAGUACUUUCCGAAAUGAUUAAUUACGGAUUAAUUCUUAAUUCUCCUCCCUUCCUGCAACCCUAAUCACCAAUUCACCAUGACAUGGGACUGCUUCUGAACAAACCAUUCAUCGUACACCAUCAUUUCUCGAGCCCUCCACUUGUUUCCGACAUUCUUAAAAGUAAUGGCACCCCUCGCUGCUGCCACCGGCUCUGCACUCUCAGUUAAGCUCCCACCAACUCCGGCUAAAACUAGUAUUCCUGAGCACCUGAGGAACAAGCAUCAUCAUAAAGAGCCCAAGAUUUGGAAUCAAUUGAGGAUACCCCCCAAAUUGCACUCACAAAAACUGCAUCUAUACACAAAGCAUCAACCAUUUGAGGCAAUAAGGUCUACCAGACAACUAAAUAGACAGAAACAAUCCUCUUUUGUCUGUGCAGCAGCAUCUGCCACGAGAUGUGCAAGUGCGCAAACUCUACCCCGUGUUGACAAACCGAAAACAGCAAACACUGCUCCACAACAAGAUAAGACGGGAUUCACACCGAGACUUGAUGACAGCGGCCCUAGCCUUCCACCUCGGUAUGGUGGAGGUGGUGGCGGGGGAGGAGGCGGAGCACCCUCGUCCGGUGGAUUCUUUUUGUUUGGCUUUCUUCUUAUCCUAUCAUAUCUGAAAGAGGAGGAGGAGAAACUACUUAGGAGUAAGAGAAAUAAGUAGAGAAAUAGGGAGCUCCAAGGAGAAAUAAUGUAGCAUAUAACUUAUAUAGUGACAUGACACUAAUAUGUGCCCUUGUCUGAAUAUAUAUAUAUCUAUAUAUAUUUUUAUAUACAGGUGAUUAUAAACAAAUUUAUUGUAACAUCGGUGAGACAUAUGUCACAUCGGUGGUGAGACAAUUUCAUAUUUUAUA